AUGGUACUCGGCACAUGUUCAUUCACGGCGCCACAAGACAAAGGCGCUCUCAAGUGGAAAGCGUCGAUUAUUCUCGUCAAGAUUAUUGGCGGGUCGGCCUAUGACGAAUUCAAAGGGCUUGGUGCAUAUGUGACAUCUCAGGACGUCUCGCAGCUUAAGUGGACUUUGUUCCGGGUGCCUUUCUUGAAUACUGGCCCCAAUGCACCGGUGACGGCUACUUUCACUGGGUCAGGUGAUGAUGGGAUGUUCUUAUCCAGAAAGAGUCUGGCGAACUGGGUUUUGGACGAGAUGACUGAAAACUCUGCUUGGGUUGGCAAGGCGCCUGUUCUGGCGAAUUGA